UUUGCUAUCCCUUAUUUGUUUAUUCAGUGCAUAACGUGCGUCGUUCAUCACAAAAAGCUGAUUAGUAUGCAUGCAUACACACUUCUCAAGGGACCCUGGUAGCGACGCACUUUUUCCCGCCAUUCGCCUUCUUCGCAACACGGUUUGUGCCGGGAGAGAUUUUGAUCACUACCGCUGUGGCUUUCCUCGAAGAACACUCACUGACGGAUAGAGAACCCUCGCUGCUUAAUUACAACAAGUGUAAUAUCCUGGAGAGAGCGAACGUGUCUUAACGUCGUUUCAUUGCCACUGGUUCGUUUGUUUAUUCAAUUUAAUCAGUGAGGCGGUACCAACUCCAAUAUAUGAUAAUGUGCUCCCAAACUAGCUCAAUUUGGGGGCCAGUGUUAACAGAGAAGCUACACCCAAGGGAUUUGUAGCUCACAAUCGCCAGUAAUUAUGCCUUGGAAUGCUUGUUUGCCCAGUGUGUUGUUCAUUUUGAACGCUUCGUUCGUCUCGCGAGCUUCAGAAAGUUACACCACAUUGGGAUCAGCGCUUGCGAAUAUUGGUGAGAGCCAGACGAAGAGAGCCUCUCUGUCCUUGAUUUGAGCUAGAUUUGACAGGUUAUAUAAGCUGUCGCUUGUUGGGUUAAUCAAACACAUGUGCCCUAUUGGCAUUCAGUUGUUAAAAACUGUUUGCAGAGCGACAAUAACUUCAUGGAGAGUUUUCAAUCCAAACAGCUGGCUUCAAGAAACUUGAGCUAUCAAACUCGUGUCAAUAGUCAUGACCUAAAAACGUUUGCGGCUUCGAAGUAUACGACUGAAUCAAGAGAUGGAGCGGACCCUUGCUCUUUCGACAGUAAUCACAGUUGUUCGCAACCAAAAACUGCUCUACUAAAUGGCCUUAUGGAUAACAAAAGCUUCGGAAGAGAAUGUCCGUUUGCAAAUUCGCCGUGUGAAUCUACGGCCGGAAGGGACAUUGGCGCACGCUGUAGCGAAGUAAACAACGUCAUUCAACCAUCGAACGAACUGUCUAAAGAAUUUCCACGCGUGCUAGAACAAGUAUCAACCGAAGAUUUCUUAAAUUCUAUCCCCGAUAUAACUGAGAGCCCCUCGAAGAAAAGGCGCUCUUCAUCUUCGGAAUCAAAAUCCGAUCUGUUUAUUGGGGAUUCUAACAAUUUUCUUCGACAUGCUGGUAAAAAUUGUGGGGCUUAUCAGACCCCCAAACCCCUAAAUAUCGCUAAUCGCGGACUAUCAAGUCAUAUGCAACCUACAGGGCUUAAUUCCGUGUCAUUAAGGCAGGGUUUUUGGUCGAACGGCAAUGAAUGCGAUAAGCGAUCUUGCGGUUCCAAGGAAUGUGGUAUUAAUCCGCUAAGUGAAAUGGCCACUAAUCUGACAUAUGACAAUCAAACCAAGAGCCCGGCUGACACAUUACUCAAUAAUUUGCAAAAGACUGACAGGUCAGCGUGCCAAUCAUUCUCGACAGCCGGAAGUGACUGGAGAAAGGAGCAAUUUGCCCUCAAGAAAAAUCACAAUUCUCAGGCAAACGAUUUACCUUUUAAAAACGAGGUUGAGUUUACAGUAAAGUCCGAGAAUUCUAUGAUCAAAACCAAGCAACAAUACCAACAAGAUGUUUUAUCAAGCGUGAAAGUAAGAGUUGAUAUUACACAGACUUAUAGAAAAAAUUUGAGGAAUGUGGAUGGUGCUUUAAUGGCCCCUAUGGGCACAAGAACAAAUUGUAGUCUGGAAACAAAUAUGGGGCCAGGAAAGACUGGAAUUUCCUGCAUUGUUGAUCACAAUCCAGUUAACAAUGGUACUUCUUAUGGUUACAAAAGACAGUCCGAAAAUGAUGUUUCUUUAUCAUGUAAAUUGAACAAUGGCUCAGAAAACUCAGAUAUUUUUCAGAAAACAGAUAUUUUUCCAUCAAGCCAAACAGUCCUAAGCGAUAUAAAACAGGAAAGACAUACAUUAGGAUCUAGAUUCAAUAACAACGAAUAUGUCAAAGACAGAUUUUCACUGCCUUUGAAGCAUAUGGACUUUGGAAUGAAAGAAGGCCAAAAAGUGGAAGAAUUAGAUGUCAAACAUGAUAUAAAGCAAGAGCUAUUUCUAAAUACUAUGGACUGUACCAAAGCUAAUAACAAACAACCAAUUCUUUUGGAGGCAAUAGAAGCAUGGAAAAACUCGUCCACUUUUGCCAAACAAAACAUGAGCUACAUGCAAGGCCAGGAAAUAAAACCCAUGCUAUAUCAAGGACAUGAUAUCCAUAGCAACCAGGCUUAUCAGUAUAAGAGUGAAUUUGUCAACAACACAAGUAAUUCUUGUUACUACAAUGACAGGAUUAUAGAGAAUAAGACUCAAGUUUUGAGAGCUAUUAAAAGAGAAUUGCCACCAGGGAUUUCUCAACCUGACAUCAAUUUAAAGAGGCCAUGGACAAGUUAUCAAGACCAACAAAAGCCUGCAUCAACAUUUAUGCACACCUAUCCUGGAGCACGGCCUCUGCCCAAUCUAAAUAUCCCCCAAGAGAACACAAGUAUCGACUUGACACAGCUGCCUUGCUCUCCUAUACAAAACUUGUCUGACCUUGUGGCCAAGCUGAUCCCAGACCAGGCAUCCAAGGGCAGUAUUGUGGUAACGAAAACACCUAUGCACCAAGACUAUGACUACUUAUCUGCAUAUCACGGCCUGGCUGGACGAGAGGGCAAAAGAAAGUGUCUGUGCGCCUGUCCUAACUGUGUGUCUGGGAUAAACAGUAACCCUAGUCCCACUCACCCCAAGUAUCACAACUGCCACUACCCUGGAUGCGGAAAGAUUUAUGGAAAGACUUCUCAUCUAAAGGCACACUUAAGAUGGCACCGUGGCGAGCGACCGUUUGUUUGCAAUUGGCAAACCAUUCUCGGUUCUACUUGUGGCAAGAGUUUCACCAGGUCAGAUGAGCUUCAGCGACACCUACGCACCCACACAAAGGAGAAAGCGCACACUUGUCACGUAUGCGGCAAAGCGUUUGGGCGUAGCGACCACCUCACCAAGCACCUACGAAUCCACAAGGCCAAAGGACAACUUGCCAACCAACCACAAAGCGACACAGACGCCGAGAGCAUUGGCGAGGAACUGGAAGAUGUAGCCACACCCAAAUCAGAGGUGCUGGAGCUGUAGAUUAACAAGCCAUGCUUCUUGUACAUAGAGCGAAAUCUUAACUGGAUAAAUUGUCGAGCUGAACACAAGAAAAAAAAAAGCGACCGGCUGAUGAUAUUUGCUGAAUGCACUAUUCUACGCAGUCUCUUGAAGAGACACAUUUGUAUUAUCUCUUACCAGGGGACAUACGACCAUUCAUGAGCUUAUACAUGUGGCUCUUUAAGAAAUCACUUACAUGCGCUUUCCAGCUUUUAUUAGCUAUCGUAAUGGCGCUGAGGUCAACUGUGGAGUGUAACUGUUACAUUCCCGUUGACUGCCAACAGCCAAUGCGAAUGUCAAAGGGUGUGUGUGCAGGUUUUGAACGUUCUGACGGGGUCUUCUGUGGUCGUUAGCUGCAAAUGGUGCAGGCACUCGCCCUAGACCCUCGUACCAGGUUUCUACAGGAAACCUUAACAAUGUCUACUAUUUAAGCCUUGUUUGCUUGGGGUGCUCUGUAAAAUCUAGUUUUGUAGUAUUAUGUAAAAAAAUGAGAAAGUAAAUCGUAGAUAGCUUCGAAACACGCGACCCAGCUUAUUUUUCAAAAUCGUUUACAUUGCAUACUAGCGUUUGAAAUAAAAUUUCAGCUGUUAUCAGA